GAUACUCUGCGCUGCAGCGGGCGCGGGCACUUUAAAAGACUCCGCUCAGGUCGCGGCUGCGGUCGCUGGGAGGGAGUUUGCGUUCAGAGGCUGAGACCGGCGCUGGGGAGCGGCUGUAACCGGCAGCGGCGGCGGGACAUGGGUUGCUCCGAGUGCUGUGUGCGCUGCCUCAGGGGCGUGCCCUUUGCGUCUCUCAUUGCCACCAUGUUGUGCUUCGUGGGGGUGGCUGUGUUCUGCGGCUGUGGGCAUGAGGCACUGGCGGGCACAGAGAAGCUGAUUGAGCAGCACUUUUCCCAGAACUUUAUGGACUACGCCCUCCUGGUGACCCUGGUUCAGGUCUUCCAGUACGUCAUCUAUGGAACGGCCUCCUUCUUCUUCCUGUACGGAGUGUUGCUCCUGGCCGAGGGAUUCUACACCACCAGUGCCGUCAAGGCCCUCUUUGGAGAGUUCAGGACCACCAUGUGUGGCCGGUGUGUCAGCGCCACUUUCAUCUUGCUGACCCACGGAGUGAUGGUGGUGUGGAUGGCGGUCUUUGCCCUCUCUGCGCUGCCCGUCUACGUUUACUUCACCAUGUGGUCAGCGUGCCAGACGGUCAAGCGGGUGACGGAGAAUGGGACCGGCUUCGAGGAUGUGUGCGUCGAUGUCCGGCAGUACGGGAUCCUGCCCUGGAACGCCAGCCCUGGGAAGAUCUGUGGGGCAAACCUGGCCGUUGUCUGCAACACGUCUGAUUUGGAGUUGACCUAUCACCUCUUCAUUGCAACCUUCGCAGGAGCUGCAGCUACAGUCAUUGCAUUGCUCACAUACAUGAUGGCCUCCACCUAUAACUACGCUGUUCUGAAGUUUCUCAGCCGGACCAACUGUUGCACCAAGUUCUAAAACCGCCUGCACCCCCCCC